UGGACGAGGAAGCACAAAACAUCAGUGUCGUGAUUCAUUUUUCACAAAAAACAGAACUCGUUACAUAUAUACACACCAUUUACACGUAAAAUGUAAGAGAUACAGUGUGUGUGAGAGAGAGAGAGAGAGAGUCCCAACGUGCUUUCGCUGCACUUGCUACACCGUCGCUGCUGCUGCUGCUGUUGCCGCCAUUCAUAUUCCGAAUAUACAAUCGUACACAUUGAUGUAGUGUUUCUAAAGGCAGCUGCCGGAGCAAAGGAAGAAAUGAAGAUGAAAUAAAACGAAACAAAAAAAUGAAGCGAUACGCGUGCUGAUGGUAAAGCUGGUUCGCCACCAGAGCACAGUCGAUAAAUGUUUGCCGAGUGGAGCGACAGCAAGUACCAUGCUUAAGAAGCAUCAUCAUCAUCACAUCGAUACGAGUAGAAGCGCGAUCAAAGCGUGAUAACCACAGUAUUGAUAUAAAUACAAUCGAUAUUAGAAUAAUUUUAAAUUUCCUGUGCAUUUUUGCCGCGUGCACAUUGCCCAUGCUUAUCGCUCGAGUGAAAUAGACGAAGUGUGUGCGCAUCUCACAAAUUGGAAAUUCAGGAAUUACGAGCAAGUUAUUAUUACGUGAUAAUCCCAUUUUCAGCACUCCACCUACUUACAGUCGGACCUUGAAGUGUUUCUCGGAAAUAAACUCACUUGAAUAAAUUCAAAGUGCGAUAUAAAUUAUUCAACGGAUAAAACUUUUUCAAGUGAAAACUUCUGAAGAAGAAAUGAGAAUGAAAUAUUUUGUUACUAACAGGCUACAAUAACGCACGCGAAACUAAAGUGACAACCAGAAUCUUGAUGAAAAACAUUUACCGUUGGAAUUCUUUUUGCCAUUCACAUUAAUUUAUUUAAAAUUUAUACGAAAUCCAAGCAUCUGCCGGCAAAAAAACCUUAAGAUUAGACGAAAGAAAGUUUGACAGAUUCAGAAAUUUAAAAAAGAAAGAAACUCCCAAGAAACUUAACAAUAAUGGGAUCGAUAAUUCCAAAACAGAUUAUCACACUGUUGGUAAUCUAUGCAUUUCUAUUCGUGCACGUGCAUGCAGCAAUAAUCAAUGGAACCGCUGCAUCCGAAGAUCGAGCAUUCAAAUCAAAUGAAAUUGAAACCGGUCGAACCUUCGGAACAAUCAAGAGAUUCCAAGCGGCACUGUUGCCCAUCAUGUACAAAUUGGGUGUGAUGUCUGCAGUUAUCAUGAUGACAUUAUUCCUGGCAUUCAAGGGUGUUUUCAUCGGAACGCUGAUUUUAGUAUUGAAUAUCACAUUUUUUGCACUCAAAUUUGGAUCGUACUUGAAACACGAUCAGGGCCAUUAUUUUGCACAUCCACACGGUGGAUGGACGCAGCCAGUUCAUCACGGUCAUGGUUGGGGACCACAAAAAGAUGUACAUUUGCAUAUACACAAUGCACAUGGUAAGCCAGACUUUAGUAUUCCGUACAGCACGUUGAGCGGAAGUGGUGGUUGGGAUACGCAAGGUCAUUCUGGUCAUUCAAGUUCUGUUGAUCCAUCCUGGAGUACUGGUGGUAGCUAUGUUCACUCUGGCCGAGGAUUUUCCGGUGACGAUUUAACACCAUAUGCUGGCGCUAUGUUGGGCAACAGACGUAGCACCGACAAAAGCAGCGCACCCAAAGUGAUGGAGAAAAGAAGCGAUCAACAGCCUACCAUUGUGAUGGCACAAACCAAACACGCUGUAACACCAUUUAAUUACUUGAAUAAACAAAAUAGACGAAAAUAAGUGUCAUACAAUGAUGAUGAUGACGUCGAUCGAAAUUGAAAAGUGCAAAGAAAGAGUUACUUCUAUUGAUUGAUCAAAUAAAAAACGAAAUCCGCAGUAUUUCGAUGCAAAGAUUAAUUAUUACAUAAAACCCAUUUUAAGUAUGUCGACGUUUUUAUUUUCUUUAUUAUCUUUCCUUCAUUUUCAUUUGGAUUAUGUUUUAAUUCAACAAAAAGAAAAUAAAACACACCAUUUUUGCACGCCUGUUUAUACCUAUUAUUCAUCCAGAAAUUCCAUUCCAAUAGGGAAAACAAAAAUAUUUUAAACAUGAUGAAAUUAAUUAUAACACAAGACAUCUUUAACAAGCAUUCAUUGAUCAUGAAAUUUAAAAAGAAGAAAAACAUAUAACAGCAACAGUAAAAAACAAUUAUAAUUGAAUAUCAAACCAGGUAAAAAUACAAACGUUCGUUCAUUGGAUGAUAGGUGUUAACAGCGAGCGACUCAUACUUUCAAAGAAUUUUAAGAUGAUUAAUUUAUAAAUAAUAACCAAAAUUAUUCAGGUUUAUUUUGAAAUUAAGAUGAACUAAUUACAAUAUUGAACGGUAUGAUUUGAAUAUAAGUGAAUCAUCGGUAUUUCAGAAACACAAACACAAACCGAUCAAACGCUGGAAAGUUGUAUAAAUAUUUUUAACACGUAAGCUCUAACUUAUUUCAACUUAUUUAUUAAAAUAUGUAAUAAAUUUGUGCGUUUUUUUUGUACGGAACCAAU